GCGCUGCUUUCUGCAGCCGGCGAAGAUGGCUGGGAUUGGCCGGGGAUGGCGGCGCUUCGGGUGGGCGGCGUGGACGGGGCUGCGUGUCGCGGGCCAGGCUCUGGGGGCUGCGGGCCGGGCGCGGUGCAUUGCUUCCUGCGGCGCAGGCAGCUGGGGGCGCGGCUGGGCGAGGGCGGGGAGCCGGCCGCUGCUGGGGGCUGCCUUCGCCCUGGGGGGCACCCUGGGCGUUUACCAGACUCUGCAAUGCCGCUUCCGAGGGCAGGAGCAUCGGGCGGAGCGAGAGGUGGCAAAGCUCCCAGAGGACAGCCUGCAGUUGACCCUCUACCAAUAUAAGACCUGUCCUUUCUGCAGCAAGGUCCGCGCUUUCCUAGAUUAUCACCAGCUGCCGUACGAAAUUGUGGAGGUGAAUCCGGUCAUGCGGCAGGAGAUUAAGUUCUCCACAUACAGAAAGGUGCCUAUUCUCCUUACCAACACUGAAAGCACACUGCAACUGAAUGACUCUUCAGUGAUCAUCAGUGCAAUGAAAACCUACCUCAUUUCCAGGAAGAAUUUGGAACAGAUUGUGUCAUACUACCCUGCUAUGAAAGCAAUAAAUGAGCGGGGCAAGGAGGUGACAGAGUAUGGCAACAAAUACUGGCUUAUGUUGGAUGAAAAAGAGACUCUGUGUGUUUAUCCUGUCAAAGAAGCGAGGGUGGAGGAAAUGAAGUGGAGGAAAUGGGCAGAUGACUGGCUGGUGCACCUCAUCUCACCCAACGUUUACCGCACAGUUGGUGAGGCCCUGGCGUCUUUUGACUACAUCGUGCGUGAGGGCAAAUUUGGCACGGUGGAAGGCUUCUUUGCCAAAUAUGUGGGGGCGGCUGCCAUGUUCUUCAUUAGCAAAAGGCUAAAGGCCAGGCACCACCUGCAGGAUGACGUCAGGGAAGACUUGUACAAAGCAGCUGAUGACUGGGUGAAAGCCAUUGGCAAGCACAGGAUGUUCAUGGGGGGAUCCCAGCCGAACCUUGCAGAUUUGGCAGUGUAUGGAAUCCUGCGCGUCAUGGAGGGCUUGGAAGCGUUUGAUGACAUGAUGACCCACACCAAAAUCCAGCCUUGGUACCGUCGUAUGGAGGCAGCCAUUGGGCAGACUGAAGUUGCCAACUGAUGUUACGCUGUGCUUCAGCUGCUAAAAACCUUCAUUGCCUUGGAAAAGCUCGCAAAGGAAAGCAGUUUGUUUUAAAAGCAUAAGUGAAAGAAAUGUCGAAAUGGGCAUAAAAGGAGCGCCCACCAUAGAGCUAGUCAGGGUCUUGGAGAAAGUAGUAGAAGAAAGACAUACGGGCAGCUGUUUGUAGAAAGCAUUAAGGAUAUCCUUUUUCAUGAAUGAAUUUUGAUUUUAAGGAGGUGAGAACAGCUAAGAGCUGUUUGUAUGUCCUUGCUAAAGACUCUUCUGCUUUGAGAUUUGGCUUGCAAGUUGCUUUUCCAAGUGUCUAAGUGGGGAACCUUUGGCCCUCCAGAUGUUGUUGAACUACAACUCCCAUCAGCCUUAGCAAGCAUAGCCAAUGGCCAGAGAUAAUGGAAGUUGUAGUUCAGCAACAUGUGAAGGCCCCAAGGUUCCUCAUACCUGCUGUAAAAGAACCUUGAAUGUCUUCCUGGUUAUUUUGAAAUACUGCAAAAUAUUUGCUUGGUCCUGAAAUGGGUGGAAAAAGUGGAUACGUUUCAAGGGUUUCAUCCCAAUGAUGGAAAAGAGGCUGCAAGUUUAUGGGACAUGGAGCCCUUCCCAUUCUUGAGAGUGAAUGGAACUGUAUUUGGCUGAUCUCUAAGCGUCUUUCUCCAGAGUCUUUAUGGUAUCUGGGACUUCUUUGUUAGUAGACUGUUGAACUGGAGAGAGAUUAACACAAACUAUUACAAAUAGUUAUGCAAUAUUUAUUCGAAAGGGAACGGGAAAUGUGUCUCUUGGCUAGAAAAAUGGCUUUCUGGGAAACAAUGAGGUCUAGUAAAUCCUUAACACCCACUGUCCGUCAAAGGGACGCCUUGGAUGUGAACAAAAUUCCUACACGAAAGGCUUCCUUGUAAAGAAACAAUGUGGCAUACAUGUGGAUUGUAAUAUGUGAUGACUGACUGCAGGUAUGAUGAUCUGCACAUAAGCAAUGAUCUCAUAUUGCAGUUUGUACACUUGUCAAAUGUGAAUUCCUAGGAGGAAGUGCUUUCUUGGCGUAAAGUGUAAAGCAGUCCUAACACAUAGGAGGGGGCAUGUGCAAGAUCUGUUCUUAAGUGUGUUUAACGGCUUUGGCUCACUUGGCAAAGCCUGGGUGAAGAGUGAGGAGUUUUUGGUAGUGCAUGGGCAGCGUCCAGACAGAACUAUAGUUACCUUAGUUCUUUAGAGGGGGAGGGAAAGGGGGAGACAGGUGACAACCUAAUUUAAAACUCAAUCAAGUUUGUAGGAUAAAGUGUCUUCAAGUUAGUUUGGCCUUAUCUCCAGUAGAGCUAAGUAAUAAUUUGAUGUGAAUAAUGGAUUUCAGGCUGCAGUCUUCUGCAUACAUAGUAUCUGGGAGUAAGCAUCACUGAACGCAGUAGGAUUUUCCUCUUAGUAAAUAUUCACAUAGGGUUGGGCUGUUGACACAUUCUGCUUUGUUCAGGAGAGGAAUCACGGAUCGCACCAAAUCAUUUUGAGAUUAUAAUCCUAGAUGCCUACUCUACAAGUAGCUCUGGUGUAGCUUCCAUGCAGAAUUGCUGUCUUUUUUGGAAUGCAAACUAUUUACUUUGGAUAAAGUCAUGGGUGUCAACUGGGCUACUUUGGAAUAAGUGGUUUCUUUUGGUGGUUCAGCUCUCCAUACUUUAGAAGCUGAUGUGUGCAUUAAGUAGACAUAUCUGAUUUGAUUGCAGACCAAAACGGUCCCACUGAAGUUAAUGGGCUUACUCUAGUGUACAUGAACACAGCAUUUAUUUUUCCAGUACUUUUUCAUCUGAUAAUGUAAAUGUCUUCAGGAAUGAAUCUUGCUUCCUUUCUCUUCCAUCUCUUCAAAGCAAUCUUCCCCUCUACCAAACAUUCAAGUCCAAAACAUAUUGGCUGUGUUUGCACAUAACACUAACCCAGAAAUCAUGUCUUCUUCAUCAAUACUGUGUGUAAGCGGCAGGCUGGUGCAUGCAGCCUGAGCACUCCCAUUUUGCUUUUCGCCAGCAGAGAAAAAAACCAUGAAGUGCCUGGCUUAGCGUGAUAUCCAAAGUUAGGUUUAUUGUUUAUUUUCACAUCCAAAGAAACCAUAGUCACCACCUAACUUGAAGCCAUGGUUUGUUGUUGUCUCAGUGAUCAUGGUUUGUUAGGGCAAAACAAACCACAUUCCCAGGUUCAUAUAUCGGUCUAAACCAGCUGCUUUGUGGCUCAUUUCCCUGAUUGUGGAUGGCAGGAGUGAAGCUCCGUGCAUAGUAUGGUAUAGUAAGACAGACUUUCUGCUUAGCAUUGCAUAUGAAUGCAGCCUUUCCUUCAGAACCAACCUCUGUUGAAAUCAGUGAGAUUUGUUUUCCUAUAAUAGGGUUGAAUGUUUAGGUUUUAACUUUCCAGAUUGCCUGCCUUUCUCCUGCAAUAAUUCUUCUUUGCUUAUGGGGCCAUUUCUUGUAGAAACCAGUAACACAAAGGAAGCAGUGGAUUGGGGAGGGGGCUGUUGCCUGUUUCUGAUGCAGAUUUUGCACUUUUUUGCGAAGAUGGUUCCACCCUUAAUUUUUUUAACCUUGUUCCUUAAACUUGUGUGGUGUGCAAGGUCUUCAGGAAUUAUGUGGCUUUUUUCUUCCUAGAUUAUGACAGGAGAAACAAUAUUUGCAAUAAAGUGAUUUUACUGUUGCUCUCAGA